AUGCUUCCAGCCUCCAUAGGAAACCUUUCCAUCUCUCUUAGAAUAUUUCACACCAACAAAUGCAAAAUCAAAGGCCGAAUUCCCAAUGAAGUUGGGAACUUAAGCAGCUUAUUAUUCCUUGAUCUUUCUGGAAACAAUCGGGUUGGAUCGAUUCCCACAUCAAUUGGCAACAUGAGAAACCUUCAGCGGUUUAACUUGAAUGACAACAAACUUACUGGAUUUAUUGGACCUAACAUUUGUAAAAUGCAGCGUUUGGGUGAUAUUUACUUGGGUCAAAAUCAACUUUCAGGAUCUCUUCCUAAUUGUUUAGGGAAUAUUACUUCCCUUAGGGAGAUACAUCUCGGUUCCAACAAAUUGAGUUCCAAUAUACCACCAAGCUUAGGGAACCUUCAAGAUCUAGUGUUUCUUGACUUAUCCACAAACAACAUGGUAGGUUCUUUACCUGCAGAAAUUGGAAAUCUAAAGGCUAUAACAAAGAUGGAUCUAUCGAUGAAUCAAUUCUCAAAUGGAAUUCCAAGAAAAAUUGGAGGGUUGCAAAAUCUGGUGCACCUUUCUUUGAGACACAAUAACUUGCAAGGAUCUAUACCUGACUCAGUGAGCAACAUGGUAGGUUUGGAAUUCCUAGAUCUUUCUCAUAAUAAUAUAUCUGGAAACAUUCCUAAGUCUUUGGAGAAACUUCAAAACUUGAAGUAUUUCAAUAUUUCUGUCAACAAAUUGUACGGUGAUAUACCCUUGGGGGGUCCUUUCAAGAAUCUCUCGAGUCAGUUUUUCAUCUACAAUGAAGCAUUGUGUGGUUCUUUAAGAUUUAGUGUCCUGCCAUGCCCCACUUCAUUAAAGCACAGAUCAAAUAGGAAAAAAUUCCUAUUUCUUUUUCUUUUGCUGGGAAUUGCACUAGUAGUUGUUCCUAGCACCUUUAUUUUUUUCUGGAUAAGGUAUAGAAGAGGUAAAAGUGCUCUUCAACAAGCUGAUUCAUUGUUUGCCAUAACAAGAGAAAGAAUUUCAUACUAUGAAUUGAUCCAAGCAACUGAUGAGUUUAACGAGACCUGCAACUGGAUGCGGCAUUCAAGAGUUUUGAUACGGAAUGUGAAGUUUUGUGCAGCCUUCGCCAUAGGAAUCUCGUUAAAGUCAUUACUAGUUGUUCCAACCUUGAUUUCAAGGCUUUAG